AUGAACGACUCAGACCAGGAUUUUGUAGACCUCAGCUCAAAGCCACUGAAACGAGUCCGCAAGCCUAGACAGCCAAGGCAAGCAGAGCAUCCGCCCUCCAGUCAGGCAGGCAAUGGAGACAAGAGGAGAAGAAAUAACAGAAGAGAUGGUGGCUCUGGGUCUAAGUGUGUUGCAGCUGUCGGUGGGACGCAGUCUGUUUGUAUUGAGGCAGAGCAGCUUGUGGUCAGUGGUGGGGUUGGGCUUGAUUCAGGAGACACUGGGUCAUCUGUUUCUGCCCAUUCAUUUGCUUCUGCAGCAGAGAGAGGUUUGUGCACGAAAGACAAAGUGCUCAACAGAAUGCAACAGUUCAGGAGAGUCAAUGCUCAGAGGCUGCAGCACAACAAUCAGAGCUUGCCAACAGGGCAGGAGAAGGACCGAAAUACUGCCCCUCCACUGGGAGAAAGACGAGAUACUCCAGAAUCCACCAGUUCAGGUCUCCAUCUGAAUCCCCCGGACAGUGACGAGGCUCUGGCCCUGCGGCUGCAGCAGGAGCUGGACAGGGAGGCGGCAGAGGCCCAGUCGGGGGACCUUGAGGACAGAGGCCUCUUCUUCUGUCAGAUCUGUCAGAGAGACCUGACACACAUGACCCCUGAAGGGCGCGCGCAACACCUCAACAGGUGUUUGGAUGAGAGUGAAACCCUCAUCCCAGCUCCUCCUCCACCUCCUGGUGUCCCUGACUGUCCCAUCUGUGGAAAGAAGUUCAAGUCCCAGAAGAGUCGCUCCACCCACCUGAAGCGCUGCUCCUCAGACAUGGGCGUCUCCCCUGCUGUCCUGCUGCAGGCUCUGCAGAGACAAACUGAAGAAAGCCAGAGCACUGCCACUGCUAACACACUUGCACAGACUGGAGGCACCAAAAGGAAAGGUCCACCCAAGCCGGGCCUCCCAGUGAGUAAGAAGCCCAGGAAGAAGACUGAACCCCUGGAUGAAGACACUAUGGUGGCCCUGGCUCUUUCGUCCUCCCUGCUGGAGAAGGAGAGAGAGUCACAAACAGAGGCUGCUGCCCAUGGCACCUCUGUGAUGCCUGUGUUGAAGUGGAGGCCAGACACAGUAGGUAAGGGUCAUGGGAAGAGAAAAAAGGGCGCCAUACCGCGUCCUCCUCCACUCCUCCUCGUUCAGGAGGCUGAGGCGGCCCUGACGAGGCUGCAGGAACGCGUUUCUGCUCUCCUCCUACGCAGUCGGGCUCCAUCUCCCCCCACCCCGACCCGCUGCCCCAGCGGUCUGCCCGGAUGGAGUGGUGCUGCCCCCCUCUGGCAGAAGAGUGCACUGCUUGACCAAGGCUCCACCAGUUUGUCUGAUUUCUACGCCCCGGAGCUCAGGGAGUUCAUCACUCCUUGGGAAUCGGCAACAACUGAUGUAGCCUCCUUCAGCACCAACAAUAAGCCCGAUACGUCUCUCCAGGGCGUGACUGAAGGAACCCCCGUCACAAAAACUCAGCCCUCCGUCACACCCUCCUCCUCCCAGACAGCUGCCUCCUCUCCAGCUCCCUCCACCCCGGGGACUGGGCAACUCGCAGUGGGCAGCCAGGUCCUCCGAGAUCUGAUGGAGCUGGCUGAAGACGGCAUGACGCUCACACAGUGUGGCUACACCGCUCCAGGCCCUGUUAAAGACCAGAGCGCCAGGCUGUCUGCAAACCUCCAUCUGAGCGGCUUCGUGCUGGAUGAGGCAGAAGAGCACGCUGAUCUCUAUGUGAGCGGGUUCCUACCAGAAAAUUCACACGCAAACGCACAGGACACCCACCGCCAAGCAAAAAGGACGACUGAUCAGCCAGCACGAGAUAAAGAGCGCCUCAGCCACCAAUCAGUGGCGCUGUCCAGACUGGCAUCAGAACUGAGCAGUAUGGUGAACAACCCUCAGUUUAGUGAUGUGCAGCUCCAGGUGGACAGUGGAGAGGUCUACUUUGCCCAUUCCUUCAUGGUGUAUGCACGCUGCCCCCUGCUGGCAGAAAUGGUGCAUGAAAGUGGUUUCGGGGUGCAGGAGGAAGGCAUGCCAGCAGCUCAGCGGGUGUUGAUGAGUGACGUUCCAGGAGAGGCGGUGUUGGCUUUGCUGCAGUACCUCUACGCUGCCCAAUUCUCCAUCCCAGCAUCACUGCAGCCUCAUGUACUGGAGCUGGCAUCCAGGUUUGAUCUGCCGGAGCUGCAGCAGCUUUGUGAGCUUCACCAAGCUGAGGCAGACUACACAAACCAGGAGGACCAUCUCAACAACCAAACAGACCUGGCCUUCAUGGAGCUCCUCCGCUCCAUGUGGAACGAAGAGGAUGAUGAUGAUGAUGAUGACGACGGCAAGCAGACAGAUGGGGAUGGAGGAAGAGAAGAGAGAGGUCUAGAACAUUGUCAAGACGCUGAUGUCGAAUCAGGCGACAGAGAGCUGCAAGAAGAACAGGUGAACGAGGAGGAGAUGGAGGAGAUUUAUGAGUUUGCUGCCACGCAGAGAAAGAGGGAGGAGGAGGAUGACAGCGUGGAGGAGAAGGUUGACGAAGAAGAAAAUGGAGAAGUGUUCACAAAACUGACAGAACCCAAAAGAAGCUCAAGAGUAUUCAGUGACAAAAGCCUGCAGCCAAAUUCAAGCCUAGACCGCAGCUACAACCGCCUCUUCUCAGACUCUUGGGGCGUAUACAGAGAAGAAGAAGAAGAACCCUCCACCUUACGUACUACCUCUCCCCCACCAAAAACGCACAUCCUCCAAUCCCAGCAAAACCAGUCCCCUCACAAACCCUCAUCUGAACUGUCUGGCAGAACUUUGCUUCAGUCCUCAGCAAGCGUAGUCGAUGACCAUUCCCUCAGCCCUCGACCCAGUACAUCCAACCUGCCUGUCCCAGGUUUGUCUCCUGGGAUAGUGGCUGACUGGGACGGUGGUGGAGAUGCUGAUGAACCUGAACAAUGUUUGCCUUUGAAGCGAGAAAGCCAAGGUCCUCGUAGCAUUUGUAUCUCCCUUUCUCCUGAUUCCCCCCAGAAAGAGAAGGAACCAGAGCUAGUAGUUUUGUCUGACUCAAGCGAGGAGAUGGAGGUAGAUGUUGCUGUUCUUAACUCUUGCAAUCCCUCUCCACCUUCUCCCUUUACUGCCCAGACUCGGCAAAGUUACACCCAGCUGAUCCCAAAAUUUAAAGAUCCCAGUAGUAUGGAUUUUAGUCCCAGUGGUCCAUCUUCAGUCACGGUUUCUAGUCAACCAGGUUCCGGCGAUGACCAGAGUCCGGUAGACUGUUCUCCAGAGGUUUCCUGGUUGAUCCCAUCCACACCAGUCCAGCUUCAAAGAACCAGCACGAGCAGCUCCACUCAGACCAAAAGCAGCAUGUGCAGGACGCAGCUGUUCCCUAAACCUUCAUCACCCUCAUCCACUGUUUUCGCUUCUCCUGCUUUACCGUUUAACAACAGACCGCAGACCUCAAACAAUCCCACCAGAGAUUCAGCCCAUAUCAGCCCAACAGAUGGCAGUCUCUCCAGGUUGAAGCAGGACAGGGUGGGGGCCUGCAGCUCUAGUUUGGAUCUCAACUUUUGUCCUAAAAGAACAAGUAGUCACAUUAUGAGUGAGGACAGAGAAGUGGAAUCGCCUGUGUUAAAAGGAGGUCAGUUCUCACACCUCUCAAGCUCAACCCACCCCUAUGUCCUCGAACCUCCUUCAAGGCAAAAUAUCUCUCUUCACCUCCAGCUGCAUCCUCACAGCAGCACACCCCUGCAUUCAGACCUUCACCAGCCCCCUGUCCUUCUUGCUGACUCCCCGCUCCACACCGAGCCUGAUAAGUGGAGGCUGACAAGUCAAGAAAGGGAUAGGGUGCCCUCUGAAAGCCCAGAGAAGACAGAAUUAGGGAGCUUUCAUCUCUCCCCCUUGUCUGACCCUUCAGGCCAACCCUCUUCUUCUUCUCACAAAAGUUUUCAGAGUUCACAGAGACGCAGUAAAUCCUCAAGUCAGAGUAUACAUUCUGUAGAGUCCAGCAAUCACUAUUGCACAGGGUCUGAGCUGAGGAGCGGAAUAAGAAUUAAGGACAGAGGAAAAGAGAGAGAUUGUGAAAGUAAAGGCACAGAUGAUGAUGGGGAGCAGGAAGAAGCAAAAGGAAAAAGUGGAGAGGCAGAAGCUGCAGACUCCAGUUUUCAGCAGAGCUUCACGGACGAGCCCCCCAUAGCAUUCAAUGACUCGUGGGGCUUCGACGCCUGCAAUGACUUGGGAGAAAAUCCGGGCUGCUUCAGUCUGAGGCUUGAAGACAGCGAAGCAUCUAGCCUACAAGAGCACAGCUCAGAAAACACCAAGUCUGGUCAUCAUGUCCACCAGAACGGUGUGACUGCCUCUGCUCCAUCCAAAUCCCUCAGUUCACAAACAUCCACCAGUCAACAGGCUCUUAGAGGCCCCUCCUUCACCCCCUCACCGCCUAAUCCCACGACCCUUACCACACCAGAUAAAAUUAACAGCCUCCUGGACUCUAAAAUAUGGGACAGCUGGGAGGAGGAAGAGGAGGAGGUUGUUCUUCCCCUCUCUCAGAGGGUGAACCCACUUAAAACCCCAGUGCGAUCGCACAAUAAAAAGCGUCGUUCUUUGGUGCCCAUCACUCCCAUGCCGCACUACUCUGACAUGGACACACCGGACCUCAAGAACAAACUGAACAGGUUUGGUGUUCGGCCUUUACCCAAGCGCCAGAUGAUCCUCAAAUUGAAGGAAAUCCAUCAGUACACCCACCAGUUGGUCAACUCUGACUCUGAAGAUGAGACACCCUUUGCGGGGGGCACUGCUCAGAUAUUAAAACCCCCUCCCACUAGUUCAGCGGCCGCUGGCAGCAGGCCGGUCUCCUGCGCCCAGACCGUGAAGUUUAAAGAGCCCAUUGCCAUCUCUCCUGUGAAACUCAGCAGAGAGGAGGAUGCAGAGCCGCUGUCUGCCUCACAGGGCUCCAACACCUCUUCAACUGCUGCCAGUGAAGAAUCUGAAAGGUCAAACCCAGAGAUAUGUCUUUCCUCUGAUGGCGACUCAGACAGCGACGGCGGCAUCUCAGCGUCACAAUCGGCCACGCGCCUCCACGAUCGUCUGCGGGCAGUGCGCUCCUUCAUCCUGUCUGACUCAGGACUAUACAGCCAGAUCCUCCAGUACAAGCCUCUGGUCCUGUCCCAGCUCCAGCAGCGACUGAAAGCAGCAGGGAUCCGCCUGGGCGCCGCCAAGCUGAUGGACUAUUUGGACUCCCAGUGCAUCACCUUCACCACAGCCAAGCCGGGCAACUCGGCACUCAGCCGCAGGCGGGGCAAGAAGACAAGCAAGGGGGCAAAGGGAGCGAGCAGGAAAAGAGAUGCCAAUGCUGUGCUUUAA